AUUACAAUAACGUUGUCGAGAAAGUGUGUGCGAGAGUGCAGUAGGGGUUGGGUUGAAUUAAUUUGGCAGGAACACCCAGUUGAGGGAAAAACUCCAAAACGUCAACCACCUACCAAAGUUCUCCUCCUUAAUUUUUUUCUGCAAUUUCUCUCUUUUCAAUUCCUCAAAAACCCCUUUUAAUAAUCUAGGUUCCCUAUUGUAGAAGAAACUCCUUCUUCCGUGCAUAUUCUCUUCCUGAAUUCAUAAUAAUUCCACCCAAGAUCACGUCACUUUUCUUGCAAUUCUUCCAAUUUCUAAACUUGGGUCAAUCUCCAUUUUUGUGGGUAAUCAUCACUUUGUUCCUCAAAAAAAAAAUUCUACCAUAAAUUUAGCUUCGUGGGUCUAUUGAUUUUGACAAGUUUAAGUCAAAAUUCGAGUUGGGUUGUUGAAAAUUUUGGAUUUUAAAUUGUUGAUUUGGUGGGUUAAUUGAAGAAUUAAAAGAAUGGAUACAAGCAGAAGAGCAGUUGAAUCAUACUGGAGGUCUCGAAUGAUUGAUGCAGCAACUUCUGAUGAAGAUAAGGUCACUCCUGUUUAUAAAUUAGAAGAGAUUUGUGAGCUUCUAAGAUCUUCUCCUUCUGGUAUAGUGAAGGAAGUUUCUGAAUUUUUGUUGAAAAGGCUUGAUCAUAAAAGCCCUAUUGUUAAACAGAAGGCUUUGAGGAUGGUUAAGUAUUCAGUUGGGAAAUCAGGUGCAGAGUUCAGGAGAGAAAUGCAAAGGAAUUCAGUGGCUGUGAAACAGUUACUUCAUUACAAGGGGACAGCUGAUCCUCUGAAGGGGGAUUCUUUGAACAAAGCUGUCAGGGAAACAGCUCAAGAUGCUCUUUCGGCGAUUUUUUCGACGGAUGAUAAUAGACCUGCUGCUGCAAGUGAGGUAACCCAUAAGAGGAUGGAAGGGUUUGGGAAUACAAGUUAUGUGAUGCCAUCAGAAGAGAAGAAGUCAUUUCUUAGUGAGGUAGUUGGUCUUGGAAGUGCUUCUAUAAAACAAGGGCUCAAUACCUUGGCCCAAGCGCAUUCACAAUCAUUUAAAAAGAAUGACACAGGCAGUUAUAGGGGUCCAACUUUGAAUAGAUCAUUGACUGUUGAAUCGGAUCACUCGGAGAGGUAUGAUAAAAUGAGUUAUAUCGGUGGUGGUCAAGGUAAUUCGUCUAUUACAAGGAAUGUAGCAUCUGGACCCUGGGGACAAGAUUCAAGGACGGUUACCACAGAAUCGACCAAUGUGGAUUCUACUUCUAGUUAUGGUGAGAGUAAGACGCGGGAGGAGAGGUUUUUAGAGACAAUUGUGACAUCUGGUGGUGUGAGGCUGCAGCCUACACGAGACGCUUUACAAGCUUUCUUAGUUGAGGCCUCUAAGAUGGAUGCACUGGCUUUAAGUCGUGCACUUGAAUCAAAACUUCAGUCCCCUAAUUGGCAGGUUCGGACAAAAGCAGUUUGUGUCCUUGAAGCAAUUUUGAGGAAAAAGGAUGAUGAGCAUUUUGUUAUUAUGGCUUCUUACUUCACUGAACACAUAGACUUGGUGAUCAAAUGUUCGGAGUCUCCUCAAUCUUCAUUGAGAGAGAAGGCAAACCGAGUUCUAAGUCUCAUAGGUGGCGAACAGACUGGAAAUGCAUCCGAAAGGCCUACAAAAGUUGAGAAGGCUGUGGUUGAGAUGCCUGACCUGAUAGAUACAGGAGACGAUGAUUUGCUUGGAGAAGAUCCCAAGGAAAGCCAAAAUGAGCAACUUGUUGCAAGCAAGCCGUUGUCAUCUUCUCUCUUAAUUGAUGAUUUAUUUGGGGAUGUUGCAAGCAGUGAUAUUAGUAAGGGUGAACUUAGAAGUGACGAUGACCCAUUUGCUGAUGUUUCUUUCCAUACGGAUGAGGACAAAAACCAGGGGAGCGACCUCUUUGCUGGGAUGACUGUUGGAGAAAACUCUAAUACUGCUGAAGCAUCAAGGAACAAUGGUCUUGAUCCCUUCGAUAUUUUUGGAUCCUCAGAAACCCUGCAGACGCAAGUGAAUCACACAAACGAUGUUAACAAUCUAAUGGGAGGUUUAUCUAUCAGUGGAAAUGGCUCAACGACAAACGAGAAAACAACCUACCCUGCUGCAUUUUCUGAAUCUAUAUUCUCAGGUUUGAACUCGAAUCCAGGUUCUCAAGGGUUGAACGGUUCUCUAAGCAGUGGAUUGGAUUCUCAGAAAGCUAGCGAAAAUUCAAAUCCCAUGUUUCCUAUGAGUGCUAUUCCAUACGGUAUGCCCCCUGGAAUGUUUAAUCAGUUUUAUCCUGCUGCACAAGUUAAUUAUGGUGCCAUGGGUGGGUUCCUUGCUCAACAGCAGUUUAUGGCUGCUAUGGCCAAUUUGCAGUCUCUAGGCAACUUAAAUUCCAAUAAUGUUGCUAAUGGUAAUGCUGCUGGAACAUUGGGUGGGAAUCCUCCCACUCUUCCUGAUAUAUUCAAUGCAAACAUGCCUGCUCAAACAUCAACUGUUACAAUGAAUGCUCCGAAGGAGGAGACUAAAGCUUUUGAUUUUAUCACGGAUCAUUUGACGCAAGCUCGUGAUCCUAAGAGGGUGAUUUAAUUCUGUUGAUUUAGAAGGAAGACUUCAACCAAUAUUCAUUCAGGCAAAGCUUUGUUGUGGGCGCGAUCAAUUUCCAUAUAGAUUUGGGACCAGAUAAUUUUUUUCGCAAUAAAGUUGCAGCGAGAUAAACUUGAUAGUUGAUACUUUCAAGUACUUCCUGUGAUGUGUUGUUGUAGUCAUAAGAACACAACAAUCUUAUAAGCGUAAGGGUAAAAGUUCUCUUGGCUUUGUGCAGAAUUUGUAAGUUUAGGAAGGAUGAGGGUGUGUGCAGUUAGCUAUCUUUCUUUGUUGAUGAAACUUUUUUGACUCUAGAUCUUCACUUUAUAUAAUUUUUUUUUCAAAGAUAACA